UUGGUAUCGAGCUCGAGCUGCUGAGUUUUCGCUGGUGUGCUUUAGUUCUAUUUCGUGCUAAUGGGAAGAAAAUGUUCCACAACCUGUGAGUUUUCUUUGUCUCGGGCGAAGUUAGGUGAAGAUUUGGAAUCCUCCGUGACCAUCAGCAGUUCCAAAUUACGUGUGAAGAAACCGUUUCGCGUCUAGUCUGUUCGGAAUUGAACGAAGGUGAAGGAUUUUCUGUACCCUGCAUAUUUUCAGCAAAUCGAUCUCACGAGCAAUGAAGAGAGAUCUCGCAGCCGUCAAUUUUCACAAUCGAUGAUGCCAAAUUUAAAGAAUUAUUCCUCGUGCGUUCUACAGUGACAUGUGUAGAGAGAAAUAUGACUACGGAGUUCUAAGUUGACUGGUCGAAAUCAAUGAGCCGUUCGAAAGAUCGACGGAGAAAAGUGACAUGCCAAAAAAUUGUGAAUUGUGAACCGUUUGUGCAACGAAGUCUCAAUCCACCAUCUUUGGCUUUUCGCAGAUGCAGUGCGACCAGUUGUUACUGCUUACGCAUACUCCAACUCAAGGUUUUCAUUCACUACAACACAACCGAAGGUUGUAAUUUAUUGCUCUUGCAUGAGCCCCCCAACAUCAUCAGCUGAAGAGUCAAAAGUAUCGAAAUGAAACCAAGCACAAGAUGCUACUGCUGAAGCAACUAACAGCAUAACUAAGCAUUUCCUGCCAUCAUCAAAUUACAUAAGUCUCUGUGUAUUGGAUUACCAGAAAGAAGACGGAGAGAAGCACUGACGGAUUGGUAGACAAAACAAAGACAGAUAGCAAGAAGGGCAUUGAAAAUCAGAAACCAUCCAACAAGAGUGUUGUUGGUUGGUUGGAAAAUGUGUUGCUUGCAUUCCCAGUUAACAACAAAGCGCGAAUACAUGCAUACACUCAAAGUGUAGAUGAAGAUUUACUAGCAACCAGUGCAAACCAGCAAAAACGUUGACUCUCGAAACGAAGGGUUGCGGGGGUGGUAGCAAAGCCAUAGAAGGAAAUAGUACAAAGGGGCUUUGCUUGCCAGUAGUAUCGGGACCGGCCGCAGAAAGUAAACGUCCAGCACCAUCAGAAAACAUGUCGUCCAGUUGCUGCGGAACGAAGAAGCAAAAGAUGAACGGAAAUUACUUGAAUACCAACGGGCACUGUUCAGGCGAGGGGAGUCGCGGAAACAGUGGGAACGGGCCAAUGGUUAAUGGUCACAAUGGAUACCUCACCAAUGGGCACACGAGCGAUGCUGCUCAAUCGAUGGCCAACUCAAUGCCAGAGAUGUGCUUCUACUGCUUCGAAGUGCUGUAUCGGGAGUUGCACAACCUAGAGGAACCUCGUAUGCCGUCAUUCACCAAUGAUCCUUAUCCAUUAUUUGUUACUUGGAAAAUUGGGAAAGACAAGCGCUUGCGCGGAUGUAUCGGAACGUUCAGUGCAAUGCGUUUACACUCAGGUCUCCGAGAAUACGCAAUAACAAGUGCUUUAAAGGACUCACGCUUCUCGCCAAUCACGCGGGAUGAGAUCCAAAGACUGACCGUUUCGGUGUCGAUCCUUCAAGGCUUCGAGGAAGCGCGCGGGUAUCUGGACUGGACGCUCGGCGUGCAUGGUAUUCGAAUAGAGUUCUACAACGAACGGGGCUCCAAACGAACUGCCACCUAUCUACCGCAAGUUGCCACAGAGCAAGGAUGGGACCAAACGCAAACGAUAGACUCUCUUUUACGUAAGGGUGGUUAUCGAGCUUCUAUCACUCCAGAGAUGCGACGUUCGAUCAAGCUAACGCGUUACACGUCCCAGGAGUGCCAUAUGACUUAUGGCGAGUAUCGCGACCUGCUAGAGAGACAAUCGCACUACAACAAGCCUGGUAAAGUGCAAUGCUAACAACACGUGUUUUAUCUGUCUCCUCCACAACCACCACCGCCUCUGCCACUAACUCAGCAGUACGACCACCAGCAACGACAUCAGCAACAACAGCAUCAUCACUACCAUCAGCCCUUGCAAAAUCUGCAACCGUCGCCUAUGUGUCACCCGGCCUGGAACGGCAACGGUCACGUACUGCCAGAUCAUGCUGUUGGUGUAUCGUUUUCCUCAUCCUCGUCAUCUUCAUCGUCCUCACCGUCGCUCUCCUCAUACUCACCAUCUGGAAUGUUUCCGCUGUAUCCCUACCAGCAACCUUCGAUAUCGCCAGCCACACAUCAACCACCACCACCUCCAUACCAACAAUUCCAUCAGUCAUCAGUCAUGCAACAUAAUCCUAUACAACUAUUCCUACCCCCACCACCACCUCCGCGGUCGCGCUAUUUUCACUAAAUCGGCAGAAAACGUUGUGAUUCAGGCAGAUAAAAUACUACGAUAAAUACCAGCUCUAAUACACGAAAUAAUAGGUUUGUUUUUACGCCAAACGAUAGGCAUUUUUGUUUUAAAUUUUGGUCUUGCCACCAUCGAACUGUGGAUCUUAUUACCGACGAUGCCAAAAGGACACACUCACACAGAGAAUACGGGCAAAGUUGUGGAAAGACCUAAAGAUUUUGCCACAGAUUUAACGAAGCAAAACAAGCGGUAACUAGAUGUUCAUUAAUAUAAAUUACUAACUGUAGUACUAAUAAUGAAACAAAAGGAAGAUAUUUUAAGAAAUUAAUUAAUAUUGAACCAUUGUAGGGGUAAAAUCUAAAAGCGUAUUUCUGAAUUAUCGAACGAUUGCUCUAGCAUGUCUAGGACAAAUUAAAUUAAAUCAUUUUUAAUAAAAAAAAAUCAGAUUUGCGUUUAUAUUCUUGACAACAACAAAAAAGCGUGAUCCUUCUCAAUUUUGAGUGAUAUGGAAUCAAUAAUUAAUGAGUCAUUUAGUUCCGUUUAAUUUUUCAUCGCUGCCAACAAAACCCCCACCAUAUUUAAUUUCUCAAGAGAUUUUGCGACUUAGCGUUGAUAAAUUCGCUAGUUAAUAUUUUGAAAGACAGGUUGUGCCGUUGAGAUAGCUCUUUUGCGUGUAUCGCCAAAAUUCCAAUAAUCAGAAUCAAGAUUGCUAAUAGUUGAAUUUUAUUUUCUGUCGGAAUUAAAUAUUUAAAUUCAACUGAAUCCUCCUUCCUGUAAUUGUAUUAAUAUUAAACUUAAUAUCAAUCAGAGCGCAUAGGAAACAACUAUUUGCAUUGUGCAUAAAAAAAAUCUCUCAAAACCUCGUUCUAGCGAUUGCAAUGCCAACCAGUGUCUGUACUUAACAAAGUCAUUGACGAAGGGCAAUCUGAACAUCGAAGCAUUUUGCACUUUGUCCAAUCCAACGACUAAAGUGAACCAUUUUAACAGGUGGAAACAUUCCGCAAGACCUAUAUAUAAAGUGGCAUUACGAUAUGAUCAUCAAAGAACAGCAGAAAAAUUCACUAAAGUUGUGCCGCCAAACGUCUUGUAAAAUGUUUCUGCCAACAGACCCUCAUUAUAAUUUCUACAUCUAACGCACACACAAAUUAUUUAAUUUGUUUUUAUGACGCCUUUUUUAAAUUUGAUUUUUAAAAUGAUUUCGAUAUACCUUAAGGUUUUGUUGAGAAAUCCGAUCAAGUCAGUUUCCAACUACACUAUCAUUUCCAUAGUUUGUUUCCCUUAAAUAUUUCCAAACCGACAGACAUUUUCAGAUUUCUCAAUUGAAUCUUCACUGCCUCCGCAGAUCCUCGAUGUUUAUGGGCAUUAGGCAGAGCAUAAGAGCAAAAAGAAAAAAUGAAACAAAAUCUCAUAGUUAGCUAGGCAUCCGGAAAAAUGCUUUAAAUAAAAAAAAAUGUUCAACCACGAAUAAUAAUCGCAGCAACAACAACAACAAAAAAUUAUAACAAACAAAAAAACGAGUAGAUUUUAAUCGUAUAAGAAAGGCAAAUUUAUAUGACGUGAGAAAAAAAUUUAAAAAAAAACUAGAAUUUUACUAUAGAAGCCGCCCGGGCGAUCGAGUUCAAAGGCCAGUCGUUUUACGCCGAAUAGUGUUAUUUCCGAUUCUACCCCAGUUCAGAUCAUUCUUCGUUCUCGGUGAUAUGCUUACGUUUGUUAAUUCAAAUUUCGAGCAGAGGUUAGUUAACAACACACAGAUAAAGGAAGUAACGUUUAAAUCGUUUUUUUUAAAGGGAACUAAACGUGUCCCAUUCGAGAUAGCCUUUGUUUUUAAAUGAUAGCGUUUAGUAGACGAAAUUAACCGUAUUUUGAUUGUGAGCCGUGUUUGUUCUGUGAAAUAGUUCAUUUGAAAGAUUCUUUUGCGUAACCUACAAAAAAGAAGCGUUAAUUACAUGUUUCAUAUCACAGAGCGAAAAUAUAUAUAUUUACCCUAAACUCGUGCAAAUGAUGUUCAAUGAAAUUUAA